AUGAAUUGGGAGGGGAGGACUGAGACUGGUGGCGAUGGAGGUGAGCCACCACCACCGGCGCACGCACCCCUUGACGCCGUUUGGCAGCCUGUAACCGGCACUAGGUUUCGAUUUUACGUAUACUCGGCGUAUGUGGAGAGACGGACGGUGGCUGCAGUGAGAGUCAUAGCAGCGACGAAGACACGAGGCGCAGACGCAGUAAUCUGUCGCAUGUGGUUGCCUGAUAACAGAACCAUUACACUGAAAGCAAGAGUUAAGCCAAUUCGAGAGAAUUGGAAUCUGAAGUACAGCGCGACGUAUGUGCUGUGUCUGUUGCGCGACUCGGGCGUGAAGCCGCAAGAAACGGUCGGCGCCUCGUUGUCGGUUGUUGCCAACUCGUCGCCUAAUCGCCCGCCCACCAACUUGCUGACGGUACUCGACACGGAACCCAAGAGCGGUAUUGAAGAAACGCUGCAUGUUUGCGUGAAGCCAUUCCACUUUUCGUACUCACGCGACGAGUGGUUGGUGGAAUGGUUCGAGUUGAACCGGCUGCUGGGAGUUAGCCACUUUUAUAUGUACAACGAGUCGCUGAGUGCCCCAGUCGCCUGCUUACUGGAUCAUUACCGUAAGCAGGGCCUAGUCACGCUACUGCCGUGGAAACUUCCGAUCGUUUCUAAAGUGGAAAUAAGAACUGAGGGCCAGUUCGCCGCGUUCAACGACUGCCUGUACCGCUCCAUGUCGUCCGCCGGCUGGCUGCUCGUGAUCGACGUGGACGAAGUGGUCGUGCCGAGGCGCGAACGCACCCUCGCCGCUCUGCUCACAGCUCUCCGUGCCGCCUACAUCCCGCCCUCCAAGGCGCCAUCGGCUUUCCUCUUUAGGAACGCUUUCUUUUACCUGCGCUGGGAGGACGACGCCGAAGCGCCGGCGCCGCUAGUUACCGCGCGGAAGACACGCCGCUGGGCGGCGCCGCACGCGCUCAAGAACCGCAGCAAGUACGCGCUGCGGCCCCGCGACGCGGUCGAGCUGGGCAACCACUUCGUGUGGGAGCUCGCGCCCGGGGCCACCUCUGUGGGCGUGCCCACUGACCGCGCUCUCCUCCACCACUACCGGAUCGCUUGCGAAUACGGCGGUGUUCAAUGCCUGACAGUGCCGUCAACGGUGGAUCGUACAGCGCAUCGCUGGAGCGACGUCCUAAUGCAACGCGUCAAAGCCGAAAAGGAGAUAUAUUCGAAAACGUGCCCCGUG